AUGUGGGCGCACCAGGACCCGUUGUCGUUGGACGACACGUUCCGUUUCCUGGACUCGGUUGAGAAGUUGUUCCACGACCUCAACUUCAUAUACAGCGCCAAGGAGGUGCAGAUGGUCAAGCACACCAACUACUUCUACUCCUUCAACAAGGCGUUCAAUCUCUUUUCACUUACUCCAGACUCCACCAUCAACGAUAUCUUUGCCUUUGUCAACAAGGUCAAUGAUAACGUGGCGUCGAGUGUAUCGUCUGCCAUUUCACCAUCAUCCACAUCUGUUUCCGCUCAUCAACAACAGAAUACUCACUCCUCCAACUUUAACAACAGUAGUAGUAACAGUAGCAGUAGUACACCAUAUGUUGACACAACACCAAUUAUCAUUGAUGAUAAUACUCCAAUGUAUAUUGAUGAUGUUAUCAAUGUAGAUCAAUAUCCAUCAUCAGAUGAACAACCACUUUUAUUGCGACCAGAACAAGGCAACUCCAAGAAGAGGAGGGCUGAUCCAGGUGACUUUACCAAUUUCUUCCUUCCUCCCAGCUUCAACAACAGCAACAUCAACAACUUCAACAACAACAACAACAACAAUAACAACAACAACAAUAGUAAUACCUUCUCAUUAUCCAAUCAAACGAAACCUAAACAACAACAACAACAACAACAUCAACAACAUUAUCAACAACCAGGUCACCAGCAACAACAUCAACAACAACAACCAUUCCAACAUGUACAACCAAAGAACAUAAUACCUCAAGCACCUCAGAAGAAGAAGAAGAACAAGAAGAACAAGAAGAAGAACAAUACUGAUAUGUCCAAGAUAUCAGAGGACAACGCCUUUGCCUAA